AAAAAUCGAUUAAUUGCGUUAUGCUGUCCCGCAGAUAAAAAAUGGCAGCCUCCUUGACCAAAACUUUGCCCAAAACACUGAAUUUAAUUUCUUGUAGAUUAAGUGCUGCAAGAAUUGCAUGCUGCUGUAACAUAACACCACUUUUAUCACAACAAGAUUCUGAAGUCCUCAGUCAUGCAAGAAGACCGGCCAGACAUCUAGUGACUUAUUCACAACUCCGACAGCAUGAUGUAAUAAAGCCGGAAACAAGUGUGGUGGAACCAGUGGCAGAAUCUGUGCCAGAGGAGGAUGAGCCUGAUGUAUUGUACAAGAAAAUUAUGGUGGAAAUGAAGGGUCAUGAUCAGAAAGUACUUCAAAGUUAUGAAACGUUUGUGAAAUUAGCAUGCAAACAUUUGGAGAUCAGGAUCGGAAGAAUCUCAAAACCUAAAGUAGACUAUGAUCGGAUUUCAGUGCAAAAGUCUGUCCAUAUCUUUAAGAAGCACUAUACACAACUUGAGACAAGAACACACUUCUUAGUCUUUGAGAUUCCAAAAUUAACAGGGUCCACAGCAGAUACGCUUCUGGAAUAUAUACAAAGAAAUCUUCCCGAAGGAGUAGCCAUGAAAGUGACGAGGCACGGCAUCGAGAAGUUUCCAGAGCAUUUGGUGCCACCAACUGAGAAAACAGAAAAACAGCUGGACACAUCUUAAAAUUUUUGUUUUAAAAUAAAAUUUAUUGUACUGUU